AUGUCUAUUGUAUCUCUUCUAGGAAUAGAGGUAUUGAACAAUCCCGCUAAAUUCACUGACCCAUAUGAAUUUGAAAUCACAUUUGAAUGUUUAGAACCAUUGAAGGAAGAUUUAGAAUGGAAAUUGACAUAUGUUGGUUCAUCUCGUUCAUUAGAUCAUGAUCAAGAAUUGGAUUCUAUAUUAGUUGGUCCAGUACCAGUAGGUGUAAAUAAGUUUUUGUUUCAAGCAGACCCUCCAUCUCCCGAUCUCAUUCCUGCCAGUGAACUUGUAAGUGUCACUGUCAUUCUUUUAAGUUGUUCCUACGCAGACAGAGAAUUCGUACGUGUUGGAUAUUAUGUCAAUAAUGAAUACGAUUCAGAAGAAUUAAGAGAAAAUCCACCAGCAAAAGUUCAAGUAGAACAUGUUUUAAGAAAUAUUCUUGCGGAAAAGCCAAGGGUAACGCGAUUUAAUAUCGUAUGGGAUAAUGAAAAUACGGAUGAAUAUCCUCCAGAACAAAACGUAGAGGAGGAAGACGAAGAUGAAGAAGAGGAGGAGGAGGAAGAGGAGGAAGAAGAAGAAGAAGACGAAGUGGUAGGUGAUGAAGACGAAGAUAUAGAGCGCGAAGAUAUCGAAACAGUAAAUGGAGCUGGUGAAGAUAUUGAAGAAGAUGUGGAAGAAGAUAUUGAAACUGAAGGUGAAGAAGCUACUUCAGAAAGAGUUCAAACCCCAAUAGAUAAUGUUCAAUCAUAG